AUCUCUAUGAACAUAAGACUAGUUUUGUUUACGUUUCCAUUUUAGAAUAUUUACUAAAAUUAAGUAGACAUUACCACAUCAUAAAUCUACAAGACUGCCAACAAAUUUGAAGGCAGUUCCAGUCCGCUACACAAGAAUCAGAAGCACAACAAUGUUUAAAAAGUCCAAGCCAAAGACGAAGCCACCACCAACUGCCCCCACUGUGGAUGAAAUGCUGGCCGACAUGGAAACAUUUGAGGUCCAACGGCCUCCAGUAGCCGCUAACUCGGACAAUUCAGAUUUGGAACAUGAACUGCUGACAGAACCAGAGAAGCUACCUCUCCAGACGUGGUGGCAAGUGUUUGAUGCAUACGAUCAAAAGGUCACGAAAUUGGCUGCCACAAUAGACACCUUGGAGUCACAAAAAGAGAAACUGCAGUCCUGCUGCGCGAAACUGGAGCAGAAUGCAGAGGAGCUUCGUGAAGGCAUACAGAAGCAGCAAUCGUUGAUUAAGAAAGCUGUUAAUUAAUAUGUAAGGUUUAUUAAAGAAAUGUAAGUUCCCUA